UAGAAAAGGCUCGGGCCUUCCUCUCUUUCUCUAUCGCCUUCAUCUCGUCCAAUCUAUCCGCAUUUGCCAAGACAUCCCCUGCCCAACACCAUCAUCUUAUAGCACUGCAGCUGCCAGCUUCUCGCAUUCCAUGUCAACACGUAAAUGCGCCUUGCGCAGUUCGCAACCAUGAGACUCCUCGCUCUACUUCUCCUGAUCAUCGUCGCGGUGAAUGCAUACUACACCCUCUCUGUCUACGCACCUUCGCUUCCUCAGAUCCACGCGCGCAUCAUCAAUGCAAGGAAUAAAGCUUUCAUCAUCGGCGCCACGAAACCCAGCACGUUCUGCGGUCUUGACAAUGCUACUGAAUGCCCCGAUGGCACAUCCACACAAGUCGAUGGAAACAUGACUGGUCUCGCAGCUGCAGUCCCAGGCGGUCAAUUCAUCUUCGUCGCUCCCGACGGAAUCAUAUCCUACCCGCCAGCACACUCCGCCCUCCGGCCCCCAGGCUCACAAAUGGGCGGGUUCCAUCCCGUGCAUGUCAUCUCAGAGUGUAAGAUGCCUGUCACGAUACUCAUGUGGUCACCGGAGAACGCAAAUCCCGGACUUUGGGCUUGUCUAACGGCGAGGAAUGUCCCGAUCACGAAGGAGGCCGUUCUCAAGGCGACAACGGGCACUUUUACGGGAAGCGGCUGUUUGACUGUCGAGGGGAUUGAGAUCCAGACUGCAGGGGAUAAGUUCGCUGCUUGGGCUUAUACGUAG